AUGGCGACCAAAGAAGCCUCUGUGGUCGUCGCGACCAAGAUGGUUGAGAAUCCUCCUCCUGAGCCAGUUACCACCGAUACCGCAGACGACAAACCGACGACAAAGGCCAGCAAGGCAAAGGAGCCCAAGGCGAAAAAGGCACCCGCUUCGAGGAAGCCUAGAAGUGCUCCGGUUCAUCCUCUAUAUGAAGAGAUGGUUAAGGAAGCGAUUGUGAUGUUGAAGGAAAUGACUGGUUCGAGCCAGUACACGAUCACUAAGUACAUCGAGGAGAAACAUAACCAGCUGCCACCCAACUUCAAGAAUCUUUUGCUUUUCCAUUUGAAAAAGCUUGUGAGUUCUAAUAAGAUCGUCAAGGUCAAAAACUCCUUCAAGCUCCCGCCUGUGAAGUCAUCGACUCCAAAGCCUGCUUCUCUGGUGAAGAAGAAGCCGACGUCCGCCGUUAAACUGAAGGCAAAAGUUGUUGCUGCGAAACCUAAGGGAAGGUAA